AUGGCGGCGGCGCUUAAUGUUUAUGGCAACCCAAUUUCGAUUGCUACGAUGAGAGUUCUUGCUUGCGUGUACCAGAAAGGACUCAAGUGCUACAUUAACCACCCAAUUAAUGCACCAAUCGGUGAAGAAAAAAGUCUUUUUGGUGAAGUGCCAGCCCUUAAGGAUGGAUCUUCGAAGAUCUAUGGAUCACGGGCGAUUACGAGCUACCUUGCAUGCAAAUACGGUGAGCAAGGGACGGAAUUGAUACCCAGAGAUGGGGCGAGGAUGGCGGCGAUGUUUGAGUUGAUGGAUAUGGAAGUUCGUAGGUUAGACCCAGUGGUUUCGAAGAUAGCGUGGGACGACACAAGGAUGAAGGGGAUUAUGGAGAUGGUGAGCGGAUGCGAGUCUGAUGAUGCGGUGGAGAAACACAAGAAACAGCUGGAGGGAGUACUGGAUUUAUACGAAGAGCGAAUUAAGACGCUGGGAUACUUUCCAGAAACUUCGGCCGCCGCCGCCGGAAAAAAUGGCAGAAUGAUGACGUUGGCGGAUGUGAAUCAUAUGCCGCUUUUCCACUACCUCGCCAACACCCCGUCGCUUAAGGGAUUGGUGGACGGCCGCCCCGCCGUGAAGAAAUGGAGUGACUUUAUCCUCGGCAGUGGAGCUUGGGGCAAGGUCACAGAUACUCAUGUCCAGCCCAAUUAA